AUGCCUUCCAUCGGCCGCGUUCUCGUCCUCGCCGUUCUCGGUUUUUCCUUCUCGGCCCGGGCCAUUCCCGUCCCUGCGGCUUUCACUGGCGUCGAGGUUUCUGGCACCGAUGACACUGACCACGAGUCCGACGCCUUCGGGCUCGAGGAUACUACCGAGGUCACGGACGAGGACGUCGACACCAGCGACUACGAAGUCGAUUUCCAGGAUGUCGACGAGUUAGAGCGCCGUGCUCUCGCUAAGACCAAGGCACCUGCAGGGCCCCCCGCGAAGGCUCCAGCCAAGACGAGUGCGAAGGCUCCGGUCAAGACGAGUGCGCACUGCGAAGGCUCCGGCGAAGACGACCACGAAGGCUCCUGCCGCUCCUGUCAAAACUUCCGCGGCUCCCACCAAGGCCAACGCAUGCACGGCGAACAAGUUCAAGCGCACAUACAAGCGGGAGCAACUUUUCUCCGAUCUAGACUUGAAGAGGCGCGCCUCCGGCCAGGAGGCAGGCUCGUGACGCCGGCCGAGGCCUCCGGCUCCUUGGACCUCGCCAAUUUCUCCUCAAACGGUGGCGCCACCGCCGCGAACGGACGUGGGGUGUACGUGUCCGACGACAAGGCCACCGCCAUCGCGUUCGCGAACAGCGACGCGAGGCAGAACAAGGGCACGUUGGCCGUGCUCUGCGCGAUCUUCGCUAAGACCUCGUCGGGCUGGCGCACCCGGGGGACCCGCAAGGUGUCCCUCCCCUCGACCCUCGUUGGCAAGGGCGUGAAAGAGGCCUCGCGCGCACAGGACCUCAAGGAGGUCGCCCCCGACGUCACCGCCAACAACGUCGCCCGCCUCUCGCCCCCCGGCCUCAAAUGCGCCCAGAUGGUGCUCCCCGUCGACCUUCUGGCCCAGUUCACGGCGCGGUGCGUGCCGGCGACCGCGGCGGCGCUCCCCGCCGGCUCGGGCACCUUCCCUGCGUUCGCAUACGGCGGCACGGCGCUCCUCAAGUCGUGGGGCAUCGCCCCCGCGCAGAAUUGCAAGCCGUGA